GAUAACCUCAGCGUGCAGUAGCUGCGAAAGAUAUCAGUUGCUGUGGAGUGAUCUGUCGGAGGGAGUGUGUGUUGUAGCUGGACCAUCAUCGUGCUAAUACCACGCUUGUGAAUUUUGCAUGUCAGGAGCGGAGGAUCCUGUCGCCGGUCAACGGCUGUUUUCCAUUUUUGGCAUAAUACUCCGUAUUCCUAAUUAAUCAAAGGCAUGUGGAAUUGUACAAGGAUUAGGAAUUGGCUUUUAACAGCGUGCCUGCUGUUGACGAUAUGGACGAGGGUGUCCCAGUCCUCGGGCUAUUUCGAGCUGCAGCUGAUUACCGUACAGAAUGUAAACGGUGAGUUGUUGGACGGGGAAUGCUGCGAUGGCUCUAGGAACUCUCAGGAUCUCCGUUGUAGCCGGGACGAGUGCGAUACUUACUUUACAGUCUGCUUAAAGGAGUACCAAACAGAAGUCGCGGUCACUGGCCAGUGCGCGUACGGCAAAGGAUCUACUGAAGUUCUCGGUGGAAAUAUUAUUUCUUUCAAGAAUGCUAAAAAUAAUAGAGUAAUAAACGAGUCUGGAAAGAUCACAAUACCCUUUCAGUUCGCCUGGCCGAGAUCCUACACCCUCAUUCUGGAAGCCUGGGACUGGGAUAACACCACCCAAAAUGCAAGUAAGUACAGCCUCAAGUCACCUUCCUAUCAGCAGAGUCACGAUGCUGAGCAAGGCUCAUGUGACGCGCGGGGCAAGGUCGGUGCCAAAGGGCAUGACACCGAACGCACAUGA